CGGCUCCCGCGCCGCAUGGCCACUGUUGUCUCCGGCACGUCCGUCGGCCCGCCCCGCCGGCAUCCUCGCGCGCUCUGUCUCCGGUCUGCGUCGGCCGAGGAGGCGCAGUUAGUAGCAGCACCGCGACGUCGCGAGCGGAUUUGUUUCUUUCUUUAUUUCUUGCCCCGUGUGUUUCCACGUGUAAGAGAGUGACAUGAGGACGGUCGUGUGCAGCAGUGUCGUGCAGUGCCGUGGAGUGACGCGUGCGUGACACGCAAGUGACAGCCUUGCUAGUGAACACAGGAGUAUCGAACAGCAGAGUGAUUGAUAGCAACUCUCAUCAUGGCGGACAUCGUCGCGAGGGUCAAGAAGCCCUUCUGGGUGCUGCUGGCGAUCGCCUGGUGCUGCGCUCUAGCCGCGGCCGCGGACACAGACGCGUCCUCCGGCAGCCCGGAGGCGACCACAGCGGCCAUCUCGUCCUUGGCGUACGACUCGGUGACGGUGCAGGACACGAGGCCGGCCGACGACAAGGCGAGCCAUGCUGGCGGCGAGGACGAGAAGGAGGCCACUGCGCCCGCAGAGAGUCCGGCGGUGGAGGCCAAGGAUGUCGGUGCACCAACGCCUGACGUCAAAGGGGCGGCUGAGAAGAGCCCCUCCGCGGACACCACGAAGGGCGUGGUAUCGGCAGCAUCGAGCUCGAUCAACGCCACGGCUGCGGCACCUCGCGCGGAGCACGGCGCUGGAGAAACCGAUGAUGAUGACGACGACGACGACGACGAGGAUGAUGUUGAUGAUGAAGACGAGGAGGGAGAGGAAGAUGGGGAGAAGCGGGUGGAGGCCUCUACGUCCAAGUCGGUCAAGAUUACCGUGAGCAAAGUGACGGGCUCCGGGAAGGGCCCGGAGGGCGAGAAGAGGUCCUUGGAGGCAGAAGUGGUCGUUCCGGGUCCAGCCGGGGGUGCAACAGCUUCCACUGAGAAAACAAAGUUGGCAGGUGAGUUUAAACACUGA